UUUGAAGUCGUCUGGCAGAAAAAAAACAACGGUUUGGCAGUUUGGCAGAUAUUUGGCAGAUUUUAUUUUCUGAGGCCUAGGAAUGAACGCUUUUACUUUUACAGCACUAACAUUGUCUCAAUUAAUUCAGUCUGAUGAUUUGAUUGUGCCAAAACUACAAAAUAGGUCUAAUCACUUGGUUUGAUUAACCAGAUUUUUGUGGCAGGUUCACCGACAAUUUCCUGCCCAGCCAGUUCAGUCAGCUAUUUCGAGAUCCGCUUUUUUUGUGGUUUCACUUUCAAUUUCACGAUUCACUUUUCUUUGAAUUCUAGGUCCAGGCCUAUUCUGCUAGCUCACGUGGGAAGGGUCUAGAAUCUAGAUCUAGUGGGUAGGGGGGAGUGGGGGCACAGUGGAUCACGGGGCACAGUGAAUCAAAUUAAAUUAUGAAAAAUGCGAAUGCCAUUUAAGGUGAAGCCAACUUCCUUUUGGACUGCAUCAUUGUCCUCCAUCUUGGAAAGCACCAAAUUUGAAUCAACUCCUCUGGCCUGCUUAGAAACUUGAUCUACUCAAGCUGUCAAACUCAUCAAAAUCAUGGUUCGAAACAGACCAGCAGGUCGAAAAAUAGGAAACGUUGCUCCUGAAGACAUGAAAGCUGCUGUUGAGGAUGUUCUUUCUGGAGGCUCUUCUAUCAGAGCAGUAAGCGCCAGGACUGGAAUUGGAUUUUCAACCUUGAAUCGAUGGGUGAAGAAGGCCAAAAGUAGUGAAGAUCCUGAGGCCCUCAGCUAUUCACCUCAUUACAACUGUCGUCAGGUUUUUAGCGAAGCUGAGGAAAAUGCACUGAAAGAUUACAUCCUCACCGCUUCCAAAAUCCAUUUUGGACUCACAACGAAACAGGCUCAGGAGCUUGCAUAUGAGUUUGCAGUCAGCAAUAACAAGACAUUCCCUGAACCGUGGACGAAAAAUAAGAGCGCAGGAAUAGACUGGUUCCAAAGUUACAUGAAGCGACACAAAGACUUGUCUCUCAGGAGGCCAGAAACAACAAGCCUCUCGCGCGCUACCAGUUUCAACCACGCCAACGUCUCAAAAUUCUACAACAAUCUGGAGGAAGGUUUCACAAAGUACAAAUUCUGUCCCCUAGACAUAUACAAUUGUGAUGAAACAGGCUGUAGCACUGUUCAAAAAGUAGGCAAUGAGAAAGUUAUUGCAAGCCGAAAGGAGAGACAAGUAGGAAAAGUAACCUCAGCUGAGAGAGGAGUAUUGGUUACUAUGUUGUGCACCAUCAGUGCUGCAGGGAAUACAGUCCCACCUUUCAUGGUCUUUCCAAGGGUGCAUUUCAAACAAACAAUGACACAUGGAGCACCUCCAGGCACAACUGGAACAGCAUACACCAGUGGUUGGAUGACCAAAGAUUCAUUCUAUGAAUACAUGGAACAUUUAAUAAAAUCCACCAAAUGCUCAAAGGACCACCCAGUGUUGCUUAUACUGGAAAAUCACGAAACACACCUGUCUCUUAAGACAAUUGACAAAGCAAGAGACAACGGAGUUGUGAUGGUCUCUUUGCCGCCUCACUGCAGCCACAAACUGCAGCCAUUGGACUGCUCAGUCUACGGACCUUUCAAGUCCUAUUACAACCAGGCAUGCAGCGUUUUCAUGGUCAACCACCCAGGACAGUCAAUCACCAUUCACAACGUCGCAGAAAUUGUUGGCCAAGCUUAUCCACAGGCAUUCACACCCAGAAACAUCAUCGCUGGCUUUCAAGUGACUGGCAUGGCCUUUCAACCCAAACAAAUUCACAGAGGAGGACUGUCUUUGUGCAUACGUCACUGAUCGCCCCCUGAGUCCUUCGACUUCUGCACAAUCUUCCAGUGCCACUGACUCUGCCGCCCCGGCAACACCCUCAGCAGCCGCCCCGGCAACACCUUCACCAGCCGCCCCCGCAACACCCACACCAGCCGCCGCCACAUUCUCAACAACUGAAGCAAAGAAAGCAUCAACGUCAUCUGGAAACACCUCUGCUGUGGGCCUCAUUUCCCCUCACAUUAUUCAUCCCUUCCCCAAAGCUCCCCCCCCCCCCCC